GUGUAUAUAUAUAUAUGUAUGAUCAAGUUCGUGCUUCAUUAAAUCAUCCCAGUAUUAUUUCUUUCCUUUUCUUCCAACAAAUUAAAAGCGAUUGAAAAUGAGCGUAGAGAUCUUGGACAGUGCAACCAUUGUGAAUUUUGUGGAAGAUGAAGAAGCUUUCAGUGGUUGGAUUAGAGAGCGUUUUAGCCAUCUUGAUAUGGACAGAGAUGGAGUUCUUUGUUAUGGAGAGAUGUUGAAGGAGUUGCAGAGUCUUAGGGUAUUCGAGACUCAUUUUGGGAUCGAUACGAAACCCGAUCCGAACGAGCUUUCGUCCGUCUACGCCUCCUUGUUCUUACAGUUCGAUCGCGACUGCAAUGGAAAAGUUGAUCUUGGUGAAUUCAUGGCAGAAACCAAGAAGAUGAUGUUGGCCAUGGCUAAUGGAAUUGGCCUUUCUCCUGUUCAAAUGUUGUUGGAAGAAAAUAGUUUCUUGAAGAAAGCUGUGGAUAGGGAAUCCACCAAACUCGCUGCGGCUUAAUUAAUUACAAUAUAUACAACCUAAACCCACCUUGAUUAAUCGAGUUGAAUUUUGAUUUUCUUUGGAAGGAUAUGCUCAUUUCAUCCUAACAAAAUGUUAGAGCAAAACUGAAAUCAUUCAUCUUUUUUUCUUUCCAUUGAGUUUUUUACAUUAUGUGCGUGAUGAUGGUAGAAAUCAAUUCUACCUUUUUUCCAUUUUUGACAAAGGAUAUAAUAUAAUCUAGCUUUGAGACAA